UACCUGGCCAGACUUUGGCGAGCAGAAAAAAUGUCUACUCGCUACCACCAAGCUGCUAGUGAUAGCUACCUGGAACUUUUGAAAGAGGCUACCAAGAGAGAUCUGAAUCUUGCUGAUGAAGAUGGCAUGACUCCCACACUCCUGGCAGCCUACCAUGGGAAUCUGGAAGCCCUAGAAAUCAUCUGCAGCCGAGGAGGGGACCCCAAUAGAUGCGACAUCUGGGGAAAUACUCCUCUGCAUUAUGCAGCCUCCAAUGGUCAUACCCACUGUGUUUCAUUCCUGGUCAACUUUGGUGCCAACAUCUUUGCCCUGGACAACAACUUACAGUCUCCACUGGAUGCUGCUGCCAGCAGAGAGCAAAAUGAAUGUGUUGCUCUCCUGGAUAAGGCUGCCACUGCCCAGAAUAUCAUGAACCCCAAAAAAGUUAUCAGGCUGAAGGAGCAGGCUCAGAAGAAUGCUAGGAGGCAGAUCAAAGAAUGUGAGAAGCUCCAGGAGAAGCACCAAAAUAAGAUGGCUCGCAACUAUAGCAAGGAGGAAUCUGGGACUCUUUCUUCUUCCAAGGGCACUUUCUCCACGUCAUCCCUUUCAAAUGCUUCUGCUUCUGGUACAUUUGGGUCACUGUCUAAGGGCAUUAAAGACACCUUCAAGAUAAAGUUCAAGAAGAACAAAGAUACAGCAGAGCAGGUAGGAAAGGAGAGCAGAAGUGGGCAGAGGAAUGUGAUGGAAGUAUUCAGAGAAGAGGAAGAAGACGCAUUCUCAGGGAACUUCCAAGAUAAGCUCCAGUUCUCAGAAGAGGAGAAUGGAUGUGUGCAACAUGAAUCCAUUCUCAACCGUCCAGGUCUUGGAAAUAUUGUUUUUAGAAGGAACAAAAUAUCAAGUUCCGAAGACAUCUCAGACAGCAAGAGGGAGUUAGGGCUUAAAAUGAGCAGUGAAUUGCUACAGAGACAAGGAGCAGCAGACGCUGAUGAAGCUGAGGCUGAUAAAGAGGAAGAGGACAAUAGCCAUGAAGAUGAGAUGCCUUGGGAUGAGGAUGAAGUGGAGUGGGAGGAAGAUGUGGUUGAUGCUACUCCUCUGGAAGUAUUUUUGCAGUCUCAUCAUCUGGGAGAAUUCCUUCCCAUUUUCAUGAGAGAGCAGAUUGAUCUAGAAGCUCUGUUGCUUUGCUCUGAUGAGGACCUUCAGAGUAUACAAAUGCAGCUCGGUCCCAGGAAGAAAGUUCUUAAUGCCAUAAACAGAAGGAAGCAGGUGCUACAGCAGGCUGGGCAACUGGUCGACACCAGCCUCUGAUGGAAUGUUGGGGUCCACAGGGUGAGCCUGCAGCAAUGGGGUGAUGCUGUGGCCCACUGGAAACACUCAGGCAACACCCCCUCUGCCCAAUGCCAGACCACCAGGAAUGGUUUCUAGGGAUUCAGAGAUACCCUCCUAAGAAAGAGACCCAAACUGUACUCUGAGAAAUACUCUAUACCUGUGUACUCUGACCACCAGUGAGCAACUCAAGGAGACCUGGGAAUAAGAAAAUGGUGUUUCUCUUCAAUUAUCUUUUUGAUAU